AUGACAACAUCCAAACGCCCGAAUUUCUUGAUUAUCGUCGCCGAUGACCUCGGCUUCAGCGACACAUCCCCUUUCGGAGGGGAGAUUGAUACCCCGAAUCUCUACCGCCUGGCCAUGGAAGGGCUAAGAAUGACAGACUUUCACACAGCGGCAUCCUGCUCGCCAACUCGAGCGAUGCUCCUGUCUGGCACCGAUGCUCACAUUGCAGGGCUAGGAGUCAUGGCCGAGAGACGGAGUCGAUUCCCGCACGUCUUCGAUGGAAAGUCAGGUUACGAAGGCUAUUUAAACUAUAAGGUGGCGGCAUUGCCCGAAAUUCUGCAGGAUAAUGAUUACUUUACCUGUAUGUCUGGGAAAUGGCACUUGGGCCUGACGAAGGAUGUUGCUCCUUGCUCAAGAGGGUUUACCAAAGUGUUCACCACUCUGCCUGGCGCCGGGAACCACUUCAACCACGAGCCUCAGCUGUAUGACACAACCGAAAAGCCACGAGUAAUCCUCAAGGGAAAGGACGGACUGUGGAUGCGCGAUGACCAAUUCAUCAGUGGAGCUAACGACCUCCCCAAAGACUUCUAUUCAUCCAACACGUUCACUGACAACCUCUUAUCCAUACUGGAGAACCGCACAAGCGAUGAAAGGGAGAAGUCCUUCUUUUCAUAUCUUCCUUUCACAGCACCGCAUUGGCCCCUGCAGGCACCGUCAAAAACAGUACAGAAGUACCACGGUUUGUAUGAUGACGGCCCGCUGGCCUUACGGAGUCAACGACUGCAGAACCUGAUCAAAAAUGGACUCGUUCCAGAAGGGGUCGAGCCCGCUCCCAUAAUAACAAUGGGGACUACGCCGUGGGCCGAACUGCCUGCCGAGGAACGGAAGAAAUCAUGUCGUGCCAUGGAAGUAUACGCCGCAAUGGUUGAUCUCAUCGAUGUGAAUAUUGGUCGCGUGCGAGAAUACCUUGAGUCAACCGGAGAAUGGGACAACACUUUUGUGGUUUUCAUGUCCGAUAACGGGGCGGAAGGACAGCUUCUUGAGGCUAUUCCUGUGCUAGCAGGAGCGACAUUGGGAGAUGUAAUCGAAAAGUACUAUGACAACUCACUCGAGAACCUGGGGAAUCAUAAUUCAUUUGUGUGGUAUGGCCCGCAGUGGGCAUCGGCUGCCACGGCUCCUUGCAGGGCCACCAAGUCCUUCACCACGGAAGGUGGUAUUCGAUGUCCCUGCAUUGUUCGUUAUCCUUCCCUCAUGAAGAUGGAGCCGGGGACUAUUAGCAACACGUUCACCACAGUCAUGGAUAUAUUGCCGACAAUGCUCGACUUGGCGGGUAUCAAGCAUCCCGGUACCCUAUUCCGGGGGCGAGAGGUGGCCCCUAUACGAGGCCAUUCAUGGAGACCUCUCUUGGAGUCCAGCGACAGCAACAUUGACAUCUAUCACUCCGAUGUUGUUGGCUGGGAGCAGCUUGGAAUUGCAGCAGUCCGAGUUGGCCAUUGGAAGGCGCUGUACUUGCCACCUCCGCGCGGGGAAGGCAAGUGGGAACUGUACGACCUGUCCAGUGAUUUGGGUGAAGUAAACAACCUUGCCGAAAGCAACCCUGAAAAGCUGGUCGAGAUGAUAGCACAUUACGAAACGUACUUCCAGGAGUCAGGCAUGUUCGAUUCGUACUCUGUUUUCCAGGAGGAGUUGAGGAAAACCGGGGUUAAAAGAAUUUGGUAAAGUCGCGGGUCAAUAGACCCAAGGGGCAAGCGACAACUGGCGGCACGAACCGCCUCGGGCUGACGCCAUCGUGUGGCUCUAAGGCGCAACUAGUGUCCACCGUGUCCACGUCAACAAGGAAGCCGAGAGAGUCCUGAGAGGUAGCGAAAUGUCCUAGAUAGGCCUCACCUUAAUCUAUC